GUACUAUAUAUUAUUUAUUAGUAAAUUAAAAAAAUAAAAAUAUUUUUUAAAAUGCCGAUAUCAAAAGAAGAUGUUCUUCGAGUUUUGUCUCAUAUUUCAGAUGUGGAUGAACUUAAAGUGACAAUUCAAGGAAGUUUUUUUGGGAGUCUAACUAUUGCUAUUUUUGCUAUGAUAUUUAGUUUAUUACUUGGACCUAUUGGUUUACUUUUUGGUGGAAUUGGAGGAAGUAUUUAUGCUUAUAAUAGUUAUAGAGGAAGUUACAAACCUCUAAGUGCAGUAAUACGACAGCUAACAAAUGAGCAAAAAAGUCUUUUGUUUUCAGAAUUGGAAAAGACAUGCUCACAAAUUACAGUCUCUGAUUACAUGGAACUCCUUUUAUUGCUUCAGGGAGGAAGUGGAAUCAUUCUUAAAAAUCAAAUGUUUGAUAUUCUUAGAUCUUUUAUGAAAAAGAAUUUAAAUCUAAAUAUACAAUAAUCAUUUAUUGAUAA